AUGCCGACCGCGAGAUACCUACACUCGACACCGACGAGGUAUGAAUACGCAGCGAACAGUUCAGCGAAGCGGGAUGCGGCACCACCAAUUGUGCGGGGGGCGUCGAAGAUUUUCAAAAGUGCAGAUGAGGCGGUCGCAGAUCUGAAGAGCGGAUCAACGAUCCUCAGUGCGGGUUUCGGAGUGUGUGGUACUGCUGAUUCGCUGAUUGCGGCGAUGAAGAAGAGAGGCCCCGAGCAGCUGGGAAACCUGACAGUGGUGUCGAAUAAUGGAGGGACGGCGACGGGCGGGGGACUGUCGCCAAUGGUGGAGGCGGGACAGAUCUCGAGGUUCAUCAUGUCGUUCUUGGGGAACAACAAGGCGUUGGAGAAGAAAUACAUGUCUGGUGAAGUGGCCAUUGAGCUCACUCCGCAGGGAACCAUCGCAGAAAGGCUCCGCGCCGCGGGUGCGGGUAUCCCUGCGUUCUUCACCCCUACUGGAGUCAAUACCCUGUUGCAGACUGGAGACAUCCCUGUCCGUCUCGCACCGGCGGACGGGAACAGCAAGGAGCUCAAGGUCCUCGAGCGUGGAAAGACACGGGAGACGCGAGAAUUCAACGGCAAGACCUAUAACAUGGAGACUGCGCUGCCGGGUGACGUCGCCAUCCUGCGCGCGUGGAAGGUUGACGAGGCAGGAAACUGUCAGUUCCGAUACACGUCCAAGGCCUUCGGAGUGAUCAUGGCCAAAGCGGCCAAGGUCACGAUCGUCGAAGCGGACAACAUUGUGAAGGUUGGCGAGAUCCACCCGGACCAGAUCCACCUGCCCGGUAUCUACGUCGAUCGCAUUGUGCCGACAACCACGGAGAAGACGAUUGAGAUCGUGAAGUUGCGGGAGGAGGCAGGCAGUGAGGGGGAGAAGAAAUCAGCUUCUGCUCUGAGGAGAGAGAGAAUCGCGAAGCGGGUCGCGAAGGAGCUCAAGAACGGCUACUACGUUAACCUCGGUGUUGGUAUCCCUACCCUCGCACCAUCCUUCCUCUCCCCCGACGUCAAGGUCUGGAUCCAGUCGGAGAACGGUCUUCUGGGAAUGGGACCAUACCCCACGGAAGACCAGCUCGACCCCGAUCUCAUCAACGCCGGGAAGGAGACGGUGACCAUCAACCCCGGCGGUGCCACCUUUGACAGCGCGGAAUCCUUCGCCAUGAUCCGCGGUGGACACAUCGACGUCUCGGUUCUGGGCGCGUUGCAGGUCAGCGCCAACGGCGACCUGGCCAACUUCAUGAUUCCCGGCAAGCUCUUCAAGGGUAUGGGUGGUGCUAUGGAUCUCGUCGGCAACCCCGACCGCACCAAGAUCGUCGUCGCGACGGACCACGUCGCCAAAGACGGAAGCGCCAAGAUCGUCGAGGAGUGCGAGCUGCCGCUGACUGGUGCGCGCGUCGUCAGCACCAUCAUCACGGACCUGUGUGUGUUCGAGGUUGACCGUGUGAACGGUGGGCUCACCCUCACUGAGUUGGCGCCGGGCGUGGAUGUGGAGGAGAUCAAGAGCAAGACGGGUGCGAAGUUCAAGGUUGCGGAUGAGAUCAAGUCGAUGGAAUAG